AUGGCCAUGGCCAGAUCCUGCUAUUGCUUUCGCGCAAGCUGUCCAGACUGCAGCCAAGAUACCCAAAUCCAGCAGAAGCCGCCGAAAAAACAAAAACUAACGCUGGUCAUUGAAGACAGCUUUCCUUGCGAAAGCAACGGCAGCACACGAGAGCAUAGCGCCAAGUCCCAGUCAAAGGGGCACCAGCAGCAAGAAACAUCGUCGAAGUCGUCCUCGGCCUCGGCCACGCCGGCCUGCUUCUGUUUUCGCAGCGAUUGUUCUGUGUGCAUGCGGGCCAUGCACGUGGGCGGCAGCAGCAUGCGCAGUUCAGUCAGUUCAGCCGCGGAUGAUGAGGCCAAGCAGACGGAGACAGGGCCAGUGGAGCAGAACAAGAAGCGCAAGAAGAGGGUUAUUCCGAACGAUGGCAAAGUCAAGCAGAAGCUGUCUGUGGAUGUCGCCAUAGUCAACACGAAGUGUCCUUUCGUUCGAGCAGCCUGGGCGGUUCCACCUUCAGUGGGUCAGACGUUGACUCAGAAGCUGAACCUGCAAGCCGGCCCAUGGCAGUUCUGGGAUGAGCUUUAUGCAGGUUCUGGCCGCCUGACAGAAGCUGCGAGAGCUGCUGGCUUGGUCUGUGGCCCAGCAGUCGAUUGGCUCUACGACCCCAGCUCGCACUCGACCUCGACCUCGGCUUCACCAACACAGCUGUGCCUUGAUCUUGGUACUCAGAAAGACCGGGACAUAGUGCGACAGUUGAUCCAGGAGAACACCCCAUCCUGGCUGCACUCGGGUGAGCCGUGCACUUUCUGGGUGACUUUGUCGAGAAGCACGGCGAGGAAGUUUCCGCAAGAGUGGGUUCGCGCAAGAGAGAUUGCAGUGCAACACUGUCAUUUCGGCAUCGACCUCGCAGAAUACCAGCGUGACAACGGCAGGAUCGCUUCGAGGGAGAGCCCACUGUGUGCGGGAUCCUGGCAGACAGAUGUGUGGAAAAACAUGUUCACGAACGGCUUUGAGAAGAACCGCUACGACUCCUGCCAGUUUGGCUUGGUCGAUGAGCAUGCCCGACCUCUGAAAAAGCCUGGCAUUGUAGCGGCCAAUCGUAAAAUGUCUCACAUUGCUAGGUGGGCGGCUGUACGUGUCCCGGAUGCUGGCCUCAGUCACACCGGCGAUGCUACAGCGAGUCUCCUGAAGCAGGUGCUGGUGUCUUGUCUGCCUUUCUGUUUAGAGCUCGCAGUAGGUUGCUGCAAACGCAGCAAGGCUCGCCAAGUGCUCCUCUUUCUUAAGGAAGAUGCUCUACUUCCGCGACUUCCAUCCACUUCGAAGAACUCUGGACCGCCCUCGACCUCAGCCUCCGAGGCUAGAGCAUCCUCGUCCUCUGCUGCGGCAGGAAAGCGCGAUGAACCAACACUUGAACCCUCUCCACUCACACUUUGGCGCAACCUGGUGACGAUUGGUGCUGAUGGGGCCAUGGUGGGAGAAAGUGGUACAUCUGUCGACCAGCAUUUGGCUGGGAAGACUGGGUUGUCAUCCAGGCUGGGGUUUCACGACUUCCUCCACUUGUUCGACGCCGUCGGCCGAGGUGUCAUGAAGCAUCGUCCUCAUAAUGACAAGAGCUCGGCGGCUGCUGACAAAGUGGAAGCAGAAGCGUCAGCGUCUGAGAGUGACUCAAAUGUCGGGUCGGACGCAUCAGAUGAUGAUGGUGGACCGGCUGCAACUUCGUCGAACUCGAACCGCCCAUUGAGAUUGGACCUCUGGCUGCGCAUGCUGAAGAAGAUGCGCCAGAUCUUCAAACGAGGCGCUUCUCGCAGCAUUCUCGACAAGGCUCGCAUUUGCACAUGGAUUGAGACUGAGAUUCGAUUUUGA